AUGGGCGCUACAGAGAUUGCAGCCACUCCGGACCAUCCCCUAUCCUUUUUCCGCUGCUCUGCUUCUGCUGGGGCGGUGUUAGAUCGCCCCUCAUCGGCUGGAUCGAUGAUGGCACGCCCUGCUACAACUGGGGGUGUGUUGGAUUGCCCCCCUCCCUCCCCUCCGUCCGUAUCAGCAUUCUUCUCCCUAUGCUCUGCUCCCCAGCUGUCACCUCACGCCACACAUGCUGUCUCUGCUCCUCCUGCCACAGCUGCUGCCACUGCCACUGCCACUGCUGCUGCUGCUGCUCUCACUGCCACUGCUGCUGCUGCUGCCACUGCCACUGCCACUGUUGCUGCUGCCCGAACCUGCAAGCGAGGCUUGGAUACCACAGCAGACCACGACAGCGGUAGCAACCCUGGCACCUCCGGGCGGCGGAGCGGUGGCAGUGCUGGCUCCUCCGGGCGGCAGAGCGGGCGGCAGCGUGGCAGCAGUGGCGGGGUCAGCGGGCGGCAGAGGUACCAGUGGCUCCCGGUUGACUUGCCAGACGACGGGUACGACUGUGUGGGUGGUGUGGGUGCUGGUCAGAUGGAUGGACAGGGGGAGCUGGUGGGAGGAGGGAUGUUUACAGCAAAUCUGGACCUUUUGAGAGGAAAAGAGUCAGUGCAGCAGCAGCAGUGUUGGAUAGCAGGGAGUGAUGUGGCAAUGGGAGGCAUGUCAUUGCCUUUGGUGGACACAUGGCAGCAGCAGCAGCAACAGCAGCAACAGCAGCAGCAGCAGCAGCAGCAGCAGCAGCAGCAGCAGCAGCAGCAGAAGAAAAGGGAGAAGGAAGAAUUGUCAAUCUCAGCACUGCCAGCAGGCCUUCAGACGUCCCAGAGCGCAUUUCCAGCAGUGGCGACAGGAGCAGAGGUAGAAUCAGGAUUUGGCAUGGCAUGCCCUUUUGAAACCACCUCCAAAGAAGCAGCAGCGGCAGCAGCAUUGGCAGCAGCAGCGGUGGCAGGAGAGAAGGUAGAAUCAGGAAUUGGAUUUGAGAUGGAGUGUGCGGGAGCUGCGGCAUUGCGGUCUCAGUCUCUCUUAGAUCAAUACCUGGAGCGACAGCAGCAGGAGCAGCCUUUCGAGUCGACUCAGAAGAAACAGAAGGAGGAGCAGCAGCAAGCAUGGCACUCUCCACUGUGUUUCCCUGUGCUGUCAUCCUCAUCAGCCUUUACAUCUCCCACCUUCUCUCCCUGCCUCCUCCCCUCUACCACUCUCCCCUCUAUCGCUCUCCCUUCUUCUGCUCUCUCCUCUAGCGCUAUAUCUGACUCUGUUACCCGCAUGCUCAGCCAGGUAACACCUUCCCCAGUCGCCCCUUCCCAGGCUGCCUCCUCACACGCCCUAUCCUCGUUAUUAACAGCUUCAGAUGCUGGCGACCAGACUCCAUCCAUUCCAUCCGGCUCCAUUCCCUCCUCUUCUCCCCAACUUCCACUGCUUUCGAACCUCCAACUCCUAUCCCCCACUGCAAACGCCCAAGCCUUCGCCUUUCCCUCACCCUCCCACUCCCACUCCCCCUCCCCCUCUCCCUCUCCCUCUCCCUCCCCCGGGCCGACCUCGCCUCUAGAGCCAUCCUCCCCUGCCACUAUCGCUGCUGCCUUCCCCUCGACCACCCCCGCUGCAGCUUUCCCCUCCACCAGCCAAGCACACACCCUCUCACCCCCUUCGUCCAACACCCGCCUCACUCCUGCCUUUUCCCUUCCUGCUAAGACCCAUCCGCUCCCCGCAAUCCCCAUGUUACCUCAGAGCCGCAGCUCUCCUGCAGCUCCCUCCACAAUCUGCAGCAGCAGCACCCGCACAUGUCCGGCAGGAAUUCAAGGAGGCUUGGCAGGAAGUUCGGCAGGAGGUUCGGCAGGAAUUCGUGGCACAGCAGCAGCAACUGUGCGUGUGCAGCGAGCGCAGGAUCUGGGGGUUACAGAUGCUCCUUUGAGCUUGCUGCUGCUCGGCCGACGCAAGCAGCAGCAGCAGCAGCAGCAGCAGCAGCAGCAGCAGCAGCAGCAGCAGCAGCAGCAGCAGCAGCAGCAGCAGCAGCAGCAGCAGCAGCAGCAGCAGCAGCAGCAGCAGCAGCAGCAGCAGCAGCUUCAGCAGCAGCAGCAGCAGCAGCAGCAGCAGCAGCAGCAGCAGCAGCAGCAGCAGCAGCAGCAGCAGCAGCAGCAGCAGCAGCAGCAGCAGCAGCAGCAGCAGCAGCAGCAGCAGCAGCAGCAGCAGCAGCAGCAGCAGCAGCAGCAGCAGCAUUGGUGGGAUGCGUUUGUCGAUGCUGCUCCCCUCACACAACUGAUGCCCCUGACAAUGCAGAGUGAGGGCGAGGGUGAGGGCAUGGAAAUGGAUAGCCACCCGUCACAAGAGACAAAGGAUGCGCAGCAGCACUGA